AUGCGAAGCAAGACCAGCAGCUACUCAGGCUUUAAACCUCAGCUGCUACUUACGGUGUAUUUGGUUGCUGCGUUUACGUGUGCAGCGCUCCCUGCGCUAUGGCUGCUGAGAAGGCCGCUUGGAACUGACAUUGUUGAGGAGCCGCCUGAACGGUUGCCGGUCAGUCGCCUCUUUGCAGUUGUGGUACCGUUGGGCAGUUCCGCUGACCUGGUCACGUUGCGGGCCAACUUUCGCUAUUGGCGACCGAACACAGGCGCGAGUGGUGCUGCGCCUUGCUUGUUCUCAAAGGACUCGGAACGCAGCGGCAAAGCAAACCUGGAAGACCGACCGGACUUGGUUGUGCUCACGAGUCGGGCAUUGAACGUUACGGAUCGUACACGAAUAGUCAAUGAAUUUGAAAGAAACGCUUAUUGUCGGAACUGCUUCCGGUCGAUACGCUUUCUUGACUGCGGCCUCAAACCAGAGCACGAUGUGUACAACAUGACCAAAUCUGGUACGAUUUCCAGCAGAUUUAACGGGCCGCUGUUGACAUUUGUCUGCAGUAUCGGUCACAACCAAAUCUGGAACAAUUACCAUGCGAUCUUUCUGAUGGAGCUGGAUGCAGUGCCUAUCCAAAACAACUGGCUCUCUGAGGUUGAAAUCGAAGCUCGUAACCUGGCCCGAGAGCAACUGCUCGCUGUUCAGAGCGGCUGCUCGCUGACCGAAGACAAAUCCCGCGGCAGCUGGCGAAACGGAUCACCAGCCUUGUAUCGUGUCGGAUUCGACGCACAGCGUUUCUUUUUACAGUGCUUCAAACAUUUUUGGUGCAUCCCCACGUUAGAGGAGUCUUGCGGGUUUCCAUGGGAUUCGUAUAUCCACUCGUGCAGGCUACAAACACCGGAGUCCAUGUCUCUAUUCGGCGUUUCCUGUCGCUUCAUCCACGUGGGUAGCCUCUGGCACAUGAGACGCGCCUCUAAGAGCAUCUGGACGACCGCUUCGUCUGAGGCGCUUCGCAGCGCCGUAUUCAUCCACUCGGGAAGGGUCAUUCGUGAGAUCGACGAGACGGUCACUGCGCUGGAGCAGAAAAUUCGCGAAGCCGAUGCUUCAGGGGUUCCAAGUGAAGAGAACUAA